UGAUGUACGAAGCGAACUAUCAAGUAUGGAACAAAGCAAGAAAAGCGAGAGAUUCCAAGAGUUUCAAGAAAGCAACGAUCAAAGCGAAAGGCUUCUAUCGCCAACUGCUAAAAAUGAUAGGACAUCAAUGCCUGAUGGACAACACCAACCAAUGGAACCCAGCAAUGUGGGAUUGGAGCACGUUCGAGAAGCGAGUACCAGGCAAGAGAUUCAAUCAAUCAGUCCCUUACUGUCAGAGUAUAAGUCAAUUCAUCAAACACAUCAAACUACAUCAAUACAUUAUCAAAAUACAUUUACAUGACAACAUUAUUAAAAUACAUUAUCUCAAAAUUCAAUUAACUCAAAUACAUGACAUCAAACCUAAUUCAUCAUACACAUGAUUCAAACCUAGUUCAAAAAGUAUCACAUAUAAAUAUGAUUUUCACUUCUCCACGUCAGCCUCUUUUCCCUCAUCAGUUCACUGAGGAAAAAGAGGCGCGUAAGUGGAUUUCUCAUACAAUUUCUCAAACUCAUAAACUCUAUUAAAACUUUCUAUUUUAUUUUACUUUGUUGUACAGACUGCUCCUGUUAUCUUACCUUUAUAGGUUUGUCAUCCAUUCUCGUCUUCGGUGUUCAGAGCCGCUAGACUCACACCCGUUUGCUGGUGUUAUAAGGUUAGAGAUAUUAGUUGACUAUAUGAAAUAUAUUAAUCAGUUCACUGAGG